AUUCGGCCAGAGCAUUACCCAUGUUGGUGUUUUGAGAUAAAGAAUGCUACAUGUGUUACAUAAAUUUUUGACUAAUUCAAUCAAAUAAUCACAAGUAGGAAAACAUUUUCAUAGGGAGUAAACAAAGAGAGCUUCAAAAUUAAUGAAUGCCAACCUUAUCUAAUAUCUAUCGUUUUGCGAAGUCAUAACUAUUUCAAACUGCUAUUGACUCAGAAGUUCUUUCUUUCUGUUGAGUGUUGAUUACCAACUUUCAAACUGUAUCGCAAAUUUGCAGCUAAAUUCAUUCUACAUGCAAAACUAGAAUCACUGCAAUUUCCCAACAUCAGAACCGGAAAUAACCCAUUUUUAUGGCUCAAAAUUAUAAAGCUUUGGAUUUGAUCACCGUCUCUGAUAUACUUUCUUUGGGCAUAGCCGAAGAGGAAGCAGAGCAACUUCACGAGAAGCUUACUGAAAUCAUUCGUGAUUACGGGGCUGCAACUCCUCAGACAUGGAAGCAUAUCUCCAAAGACCUUCUCAACCCGGAACUUCCCUUCCUUUUUCAUCAGAUGAUGUAUCAUGGUUGCUACAAGGAUUUUGGGCCCGACCCUCCUGCCUGGUUGCCUGACCCGGAAACUGCUAAGUUAACUAAUGUUGGGCAACUAUUAGAAAGCCGUGGAAAUGAGUUUUUGGGAACAAAAUAUGAAGAUCCCAUCUCCAGUUUCAGUGAUCUUCAGGAAUUUUCAGUGUCCAAUCCGGAGGUGAACUUUUCUCGGAAUUAAUGUACCUUGGUGCUCUUACUGGAAGUUCAGCUCUUCAUGUCCAAUCAUAGUGACUGGGAUCUUGAUCUCCAUGAGUGUUUAAUUUCUCAAACCAUUUUUUCCCUCAGGUUUACUGGAAAGCUGUUUUCGAUGAAAUGAAUGCAUCUUUCUCGGUAGAACCCGAAUGCAUUUUAGGAGAGAAUCCAUCUUACCCUGGAGGCCAAUGGCUACCUGGUGCUUAUUUUAAUCCAGCAAAGCUUUGUCUGAGUGAAAAUAAGAAAAGGGCGAGGGAUGAUGUAGUUAUACUGUGGCGUGAUGAAGGAGAUGAUAAAUUGCCUCUUCAAACGAAAACACUUAAAGAGUUGCGCUUUACAGUUUGGCAAGUUGCACAUGCACUUGACACUCUGGCUCUGGAUAAAGGAUCUGCAAUCGCUAUAGAUAUGCCAAUGGAUGUGAAUGCUGUCGUGAUCUACCUAGCCAUUGUACUUGCUGGUUACGUAGUAGUAUCCAUUGCAGAUAGUUUUGCACCAACUGAAAUAUCCACAAGGCUGAAAAUAUCAAAUGCCAGAGCAAUUUUUACUCAGGAUCUUAUUCUGCGUGGAGACAAGAAAAUACCACUGUACAGUAGAGUAGUUGAUGCACAAGCUCCCUUGGCAGUUGUAAUUCCUACCGGAGGUUCCAGUUUCAGCAUGAAAUUACGUGACGGCGACAUCUCUUGGCAGGAUUUUUUAAAGAGAGCAGAACUUUCAAAGGAAGUUGAAUAUACUGCUGUUGAGCAACCAAUUGAAGCAUUCAGUAAUAUUCUCUUCUCUUCUGGAACCACAGGUGAUCCAAAGGCAAUUCCAUGGACUGUUGCAACACCUUUGAAAGCCGCUGCUGAUGGAUGGUCUCAUUUGGAUAUUCGCCGAGGCGACAUUGUUGCUUGGCCUACUAAUCUUGGGUGGAUGAUGGGUCCUUGGUUGGUUUAUGCUUCACUGUUAAAUAGUGCUUCAGUAGCUCUAUAUAAUGGGUCACCCCUUGGUUCCGGAUUUGCCAAGUUUGUUCAGGAUGCCAAAGUUACUAUGCUUGGUGUGAUCCCAAGUAUCGUGAGGGUGUGGAAGACUACAAAUGCUACAGUUGGCUGUGAUUGGUCAACCAUCCGUUGUUUUGGCUCAACUGGGGAGGCAUCAAGUGUAGAUGAAUACCUGUGGCUGAUGGGAAGAGCUCUUUACAAGCCUGUUAUUGAAUAUUGUGGAGGUACAGAGAUUGGUGGAGGAUUUAUUACUGGUUCGAUGGUGCAGCCGCAGUCUUUGGCAGCUUUCAGCACUCCAGCAAUGGGUUGUAGCUUGUUUAUUCUUGGCGAGGAUGGUUCCCCUCUGCCAUCAAAUUUAGCUGCCAUAGGAGAACUGGCGCUUGGUCCUACCAUGUUUGGAGCUUCAAGUACACUCCUGAAUGCAGACCAUAAUGCUGUGUACUUCAAGGGGAUGCCAGUCUGGAAUGGGAAGGUCUUAAGAAGGCACGGAGACGUGUUUGAGAGAACCACAAAGGGAUACUAUCAUGCACAUGGGCGUGCUGAUGAUACAAUGAAUCUUGGUGGGAUCAAGGUAAGUUCAGUAGAAAUCGAGCGCAUUUGUAAUGCAGUGGAUAGUAAUAUCCUCGAGACAGCAGCUGUUGGAGUGCCUCCUCCUGGUGGUGGCCCUGAGAGGUUGACUAUCGCUGUUGUGUUCAAGGAUUCCAGCAGUUCUGCUACCACCGACCUAAACACACUGAUGCAGUCUUUCAAUUCGGCACUGCAGAAAAAGCUGAACCCUUUAUUCAAGGUUUACAAUAUUGUUCCCUUACCUUGCCUUCCAAGAACUGCAACAAACAAGGUCAUGAGAAGGGUUCUGCGGCAGCAGUUCACUCAAAGCGAAAACUCCAGACUGUGA